AUGGCGCCUACCAGACCAAGCGGCGCGUCGAAGUCGUCGAAUAGCAAAUCCUCGAAAUCGAAGCCAACUUCCGGCGGCAAGUCCUCCACACGUCGAGUUUCAAAGCCAAAGUCAGGCGGAAAGUCGGGCGCAAAGCCCAAACCAACAGAAGUCAAAGCAAAGUCUCGUGCGGCUCCGGAAGUACUGAAAAAGAAGAAAAAGAGAGUAUAUACGGAGAAGGAAUUGAACCUACCUACGUUGAAUAAGAUCACGCCUGUUGGUGUUCAAAAACCACGAGGCAAGAAGAAGGGCAAGGUGUUUGUCGAUGACCAGGAGAGCAUGAUGACUAUCCUUGCGAUGGUUAAUGCGGAAAAAGAAGGCCAAAUAGAAUCUAGAAUGAUCAAGGCCCGUCAUAUGGAGGAGAUACGUGAAGCUAGAAGGGCAGAGGCGGAAGUAAGGAAGGAGCAUAAGAAUGCAAAACUAGAGGAAACCAAGGAUUCACUUCGAAAGUCGCGCAAGUCGAAAGACAAGAAAGAUAGCAAGGCCAGCGAACAAAAGAAUGACACCGAAUCGAAGAAAUCAGGAAAAUCUAAACGAGUUGCGUUUGCUUAG